AUGGUGAGCUCGCUUCUUAGCUCAACGCAAUUAUCUUCCUCCUUCUUACCUCUUCCUCCUCCGAAGUUAUCGGCUCAUGGGCAUUGUCCGAGCCAAAGAACUCUCUGGUUCUGUCGGAAACAUUCGUCUCUCCGUGUUCGCGCCGCAAAACUACCUGAAGGGAUGAUAGUGCCGAAAGUGGAACCCAAAUUCGAACCAGCGUUUCUGGGAUUCACAUAUACAGCUGAGAUAUGGAACUCUAGAGCUUGUAUGAUUGGUCUCAUCGGAACCUUCAUUGUUGAGCUGAUUCUGAACAAAGGAAUACUUCAGGUCAUUGGUGUUGAUGUUGGAAAAGGGCUUGAUCUUCCUCUCUGA